AUGAUGUUGGUGGCAAGUUCGGAGAACAUCGGGCUGUGCCCGAUGUCGUUUACAGAUUCGUCCGGGCAGAUGAUUUUCGAACGUCUCCAAUACCAACGGAACACGGGACGCUUCUGCGAUGCCGAACUCAUCGUCGCCGCUCGCGUUUUCGCGGCGCAUCGGAAUAUUCUGGCGGCGCACAGUCCGUAUUUCGAUUCAAUGUUCAAAGAAUGCAAAGUGACAAAAGAGCAGAUAACGAUAAAUAGUAAACAUCCACAAGUGUUCGAAUUGUGUUUGAAUUAUAUGUACAGUGGAAAUGUGGUCAUUGAUAGGGGAAGCGUUUCGGAAUUGCUGAGAUUCGCUAAUGAUUUGAUGAUGGUCCGCCUAAAAAACUACUGUGCCGAGUAUCUGGAUCGAUAUCUAGACGCAGCAAACUGCCUAUCGAUAAGGAGUCUGGCGCAAAGAUAUAAUUUGCCCGGUCUCAUUAAGUCUGCCACCGACUACUUCGACAGUAACCUGAACAGAUGUCUUCUGGAGUCGCGGGAUAUCAUUUCGUAUACCUAUACACAGCUAACACGUCUGAUUGGAGACCCAAAAUAUUCGGAUUGCAUCACACCGGAUACCUAUUUGAAACUAAUAAUACGAUGGGUUGGUGAAGACGUUUCGAAACGGGAAGAGAUUUUUCGUCUACUUCUAGAAUCUUGUGAAUUUCGAGAAGUUUCUGCGGACACAUUGGAAUUCUUGCUGGAUUAUUCACCGUUGCUCUCGAAGAGUCAGAAGAGUCGAUUCUUGUUGUUGCAUCAUUUGACUAUCUUUUCCAGGGAAGACAACUCGAUGCUAAUGGAAAAGUACUCGGCGCAACUUUUGAAUCUCCGCCAAACGCUCGUCAAUCUGCCCGUCCUUCACGAUCCGUCUCAAUUCGAAGACGACAUCUACGACUCGACAGAUUCUGAGAAUGAGGAUCCCGACGACUACAUUGUAGAAGGUCAAUUGACGUCUGCACAAAUGUUAGAAUCUGGAAAUUAUAUGUCGAAUCGGCUAAAAAUGAAAAUGGGCGCAGUCGAAAAGAAGAAGUUGAAAAGGCCGAAAGGGUUGAAGAGGACUUUGCAGCCAUUAAAUCCACCGCCACAAGCUGCUGCCGAGAAUGAGAGCAUCCCAUGGAUCGACGAGGAUGGAAUUGACGGUGUCUAUGCGACGUGUUCACUUGAAGGAUGUCAUACGUAUGGACCAAUCGAUAUGAUGGACCCGGAUGACUGUGAGGAUGACGAGGACAAACCAGAUGAGAAUGGACAGUCGAUGUGUCAUUUCUGUGGAUAUCGAACGUCGACUGAUGAGCUCCUCGAAAAGCACAAAGCCCGCUAUCACAACCGUAACACCUACUACAUGUGUCAUCUAUGUGAAUUCGAGACGAAUUGGAGCAAACAAUUCUAUUUGCACUGUGCUGAACACUGGACCGAAAUACCGUAUAUCUGUGAGAGAUGUCAAUUCACGACCAAUGAGAUUCAAGAGUUUUUGACACAUCGAUUACAGCACACGGACGCUCGAUAUUUCAAAUGUGGCGAGUGUGCAUGGAAGGGACGGACCCGGUCCCAACUGUUUGCCCACGAACGGAUGCAUUCGAUUCUAGAUGAUCGUCCAUUGCAUUGUGAGGAAUGUGGAAGAGGUUUCCAUCAGCACUCCUCGUUGGACCAUCAUAUGGCGACGCAUAAUGAUGUUAGAGCAUUCGUUUGCGAGGACUGUGGUUUCGCCACCAAAACCGCCGAACACCUUCAGCUGCAUCGUCGUCAACACACUGGUGAUACGUUCACUUGUCAUAUUGCCGGUUGUGACUACUCAUCAACCAAAAAGUCCCAACUCGCCGCCCAUCUUCGAACCCACAUGGCGGUCCGUGCUCAUCUCUGUAAAAUCUGUGGUCGUGGAUUCAUCGAAAAGUCUCAUCUAGUUCGACACGAAAGAAUUCAUUUGGAGGAGAAACCAUUCAAAUGUGAACAAUGUGAUUAUGCAUCGAGUAGAAGGGACAAAUUAAAGGAGCAUAUCAUCAAACAUCACAAUGAAGGCGUUAUCAAUGUACAGAAGACGUAUCGAAGGAAGUAUAAGAGACAGAGGAUGUUGGCACAGGCUGAUGAGAUGAUUAACAAUCCGGAUGUGUUGUUUAGACCCAUUAAUACAGAAGAUGCGGUUAGCAAUUGGCAGGCGAAUAAUGAUUUUACGGCCUACUCUCCGAAUCCGGACUACGGUAACCCGAACGUUGGCUACCCGACCCAAUCACCACCUCGUGCCUACUCUGUCGUUCAUCCAUCUCAACACCAACAACACGUCUCAUCGCCAGGAUGUAUGUCUAUGAUGAAUGUACCAUUGAGAGAUAAUCAUCAUCAAAUGCAAAGGGAUUCACCAGGAGAGUCCAUUGCAGCCGCUGAUAACACUCAUGGAGUGCUGAUGACUCCAAAUUUGGUUAUGCGAUCCCCUCACAAUCGAAGUGCCGCUGUCCAACAACACUACAAUAUGCCAUCAACAUCGGACAAUCAACAACAACUCCAGCAUCGUCCGUUCUCACUACCAACCUACGGUCAAAUGGACAUGGCUCAGGUUCAAAUGCAACAACAACAACAGCAUAUGCAACAGCAGCAACAGCAACAGAUGCAUGGAAUUCCACAGAACCAUCAUUCACAGCCACAGCAGCAACAGCAGCAGCAGCAGUCAUCCAACCCGAACGAUGCCAAUAAUUCAUGGAAUUCAUGGAACAUUCAAUAA